CACAUUAACGAUCACGCACUAAAAGCGUGAGACUUGAAUUUGUAGUUACCGACUCACGAGUAAGUGACUUAUGGCUUCAUCGAAUGCGUCUUCCAGCUCUACUCGUACCGUCGUCUUGAUAGGCAGAACUGGUUCGGGAAAAUCAGCCUGUGCAAAUACUUUGGCUAACCAAGACGAUGCAUUCAAAGAAAGCGAGGGAUCUAUCAGUGAAACGAAGUUCGUGACGGCUAAAAAAUUCGUUGUUGACAAGUUUGGCAAACAAUACGAAUUGGUUAUUGUCGAUACGAUUGGACUUGGCGACACUAAACUGUCGCCUGACGAAGUUCUACAGCGUCUCGCAGCAGCAUGCAAUGAGUGCUGCGAUGGAAUCAACGCCGUGUUCUUUGUCACAGGCGGACGCAUUACAGAAGAAGAAGUGAGAGCAUGGGAGAUUAUGUGGCAAGUUCUCUUUGGCACGGAAGUUCUGGACUAUACCGCCAUUGUAAGAACGAACUUCGUGAAUUUUCGAGAUCCUAUUAAGAUAAAAGAAGACAAAUUAAAGCUGAAGGAAGAAAAUGGUGCAGCUGCAGAAAGGAUGUUGCCUUAUAUUAAGACCAUCCUCUAUGUUGACAAUCCUCCUGUAGAGUAUAGGGAGGUAAGCAAAGAAAGUCGUGAAGACUCCCGGGAUGUGCUACUUAAUUAUUUAAUCUUGACACGCGAAGACGUUUUCAAACCGCCGGUAAUGAGAGAUGUCAAGCAAAGAAUUUCCAAAAACGCAAAUAUACACAAGCAGGCAAUUAGCAAAACAGAAUUGUGGGAGGCUCAGCUACAAUUGGCUAGUCAAGUGGAAAAACUCCAAAUUGAAAAGGAGCUAAGGACGAUUGCUGAGGAGAAGGAAACAGCGGCAAGAGCAAUGGCACAAGAGAUGGAGGCUAUUAUUGAUCGAAAAGCAAAAGAAAAAGGUGUCACUGAGCGAGUUAUGGCAGCUGUUGGUGGAGCAGUUGACACUGUAGCGUCUUACGCAGUAGAGACUGCAAAGAAACAGUGUUCUGUAAUGUAAUGUGAGUUUGUAAUUAAUUUUAAAGCUGUAACAUUCAAUGCUCUUUAUUGUAUGUUUGAGUGUGACUGCGUAGCCACGGUGAAUCCAUGUUGUGACUUUCAAGUUCAAUUAACUUGAGUAACGGUAUACCUAUAUCAUUUAUAAAAACGUAUAUGAUAUUAUACUGGAUAAUUUAGUUCAAAUUGUCACUCUGCAUUGUAAAUAGUGCAAUAUGACUCAUCUGUAUGUGAUUUCGAUUAUAUUUUGAUUUGUAGAAA